CCAUUUUUGAAGCUAAACCAUGAGUAUGGUCGCCCGAAGGUUUUUCGUCACCAGAACUACCUAAAUUAUGACAAUAGUAGCCAAGAGAUUUCUCUUCACCAGAACAACCUGAACAUGAACCCAAAACGAUUCGGCCCAUACGUGUGAAGAGUAGUAAUGAUAGAAAACACAAAAAACACCGGUCCAUGAAAAUCAAUCAGGAUUGACAGUGUUGGGUGUCUGAUUUUUUUUAAUAAAACAAUUUACUCGGGGGAGUGAACUGGUUUGCAUGUGGCCUGACUUGUCCUCUCACAUGUUUUUCAAAAUUAUAAGACACUGAAUUUGGAUGUACCAGAAACAAGGUGGAACAAAUUAUAAGGAUAUAUUUCUGUUUAUGCUUCACUUGCAUUUUGUGAUUCUGCCAUUACAUUCAAGCUUUUUCCUCUGUAACAAUGAUUAAGGCAAUGGAGAAUCUAGGGAGCGUGUUGUUUGAAAUGGGUUCAUCAGAAUGGAGAGAUUUCUUAACAGGCAUGUUAAAGCCCGUGGCUGCUUUGGUAAUAAUAGUACUGGCAGUCACGCUCUCAAUUUACCAGAAGCUUGGCUUGGAAUGGGAAAUGACAAUUGCAAUAGCAAGGGCCUUCUUGCAGCUUUCCAUUAUUGGCUUCGUUUUGCAGUUCAUCUUUACUCAGAAAAAUGCAAUUUGGAUGUUAGCGGCUUAUGUUUUCAUGGUCAGUGUUGCUGCUUACACUGCAGGCCAGAGAGCAAAGCAUGUGCCGCGUGGCUCAUAUGUUGCAGGGGCAUCCAUUUUGGCAGGCACUUCAUUUACAAUGUGUUUGCUGGUAGUAUUAAAUGUUUUUCCUUUCACACCUAGGUAUAUUAUCCCGAUAGCAGGUAUGAUGGUGGGAAAUGCAAUGACCGUAACUGGAGUAACAAUGAAGCGGCUUCGAGAUGACAUAAGGAUUCAGCAAAAUCUGGUAGAGACUGCUCUUGCACUAGGGGCAACUCCAAGGCAAGCAACAAUGCAACAUGUGAGAAGGACUUUGAUCAUUGCCCUUUCACCAGUUAUUGACAAUGCAAAGACUGUUGGGUUGAUCUCUCUGCCUGGUGCUAUGACUGGUCUUAUUAUGGGUGGUGCUUCUCCCCUUGAAGCAAUUCGACUUCAAAUUAUUGUUAUGAAUAUGCUUAUGGGUGCUGCAACAUUCAGCAGCAUUUUGUCAACAUACCUUUGUUGGCCAUUGUUUUUUACAAAGGCAUACCAACUUGAAACGAAGGUCUUUAAGGAAGGAUAAAACAUUCCUCUUGGAGCAGUUUAUCUGUCUCAAGUUGUUGCAAUGUUCAAGUAAAGUAUUCAUGUUUGGCACAACAUACUUCACGAAAGCUGCAUGUGUGGAUAACCAUUGGGCAUGGAGUAAUCCAAAAAGCAUUCUUGAACUUGUUACUUUCACUUACAAACUGUAUUUGAAAAAUAAAUAGGUCAGAAAGGCAUUUCCAUACUGCUAAAUUCUAAUUUAAUUAAAGAACCCAGUGAAAUUAGUCAUUCUAGAAUUUUUAGUUCUUUCCACUCCCAAACAAUGUCAAAUUAAAUAUAAUAAACCUUAUGUACAGAAAAAAAUUAUCUGCAUUUCAAGAGCAACUUUGUGUUUCA